GCAUGCGCUGUGCCCUUUCUGGCUACCUACCUACCCUGCAGACGAGCUUUCCUUCCGCCGCCAUCCUCCGUCCCAGAGCCAGACAGCAGAGAUUGAGACAGCGCACAAGCCUGAAAUUAAACAUGAGCUUCACAGUGGAAGAGAGGGGAAACCCGAACUCUCUAAGCUACCGCUUGUUCUUCAAAAAUGCUGAAGGAAAGUACAUCUCACCAUUCCAUGACAUACCAAUAUAUGCUGAUGAGAGUCAGAACAUUUUCCACAUGGUUGUUGAAGUACCAAGGUGGACAAAUGCAAAGAUGGAGAUUGCUACAAAAGACCCCUUGAACCCAAUAAAGCAAGAUGUUAAGAAGGGCAAGUUGCGAUACGUUGCCAAUGUUUUCCCACAUAAGGGUUACAUAUGGAACUAUGGAGCCAUUCCUCAGACAUGGGAAGAUCCCGCACACAAAGAUGGAGACACUGACUGCUGCGGUGACAACGACCCCAUUGAUGUCUGUGAGAUCGGCAGUAAGGUGUGUUCCCGUGGGGAGGUAAUCACAGUGAAGGUGCUCGGGAUCCUGGCCAUGAUCGAUGAGGGUGAGACUGAUUGGAAAGUGAUUGCAAUCAACGUAGAGGACCCUGAAGCCAACAACUUGAACAACAUCAGUGAUGUCCAGCGCCUGAAACCUGGUUAUCUGGAGUCCACAGUCGACUGGUUCAGAAGGUACAAAGUGCCAGAUGGGAAACCAGAGAACCGGUUUGCUUUCAACGACGAGUUUAAAGACAAGGACUUUGCCAUUGAAGUAAUCAAGAGCACUCACAACUUCUGGAAAGCCCUCAUUUCCCAAAAGACCAACGCUGGUGAACUGAACUGCAAAAACACGUGUGUCUCGGCCAGUGACAGCCCUUACUGCUGUUCAGUGGAUGAAGCUAAAGCUGUUGUUGGUGAAACAUGUCCUUGUGGAAAAGAUGAAGAUAUCCCCUCAUCAGUAGAUAAAUGGUUCUACUAUGAGAGGAAGUAAACCAGGAGCUGUUUGGAUAUGAGUUGAGUGAAGGACUCAUCUUUCAUAGGAAUACUUGAAGAGAGUCUUACCAAUGGGAUGAUGGGAUGUGGUUGGCUGGGGCUGGGCUGGCUGCUUGCUGUAGAUGGAGCGAUAGUGGUUAGAUACUGUAGAAAAGUACAAAAAAGUAACCAUGUCUUGACCAAGGAAUUUCCACUUAUUUAACAAAGAUCUCUUUAGAGAUGUGCUGUCAUAAACAGAGUACACAAACUAUUCCUGUAGAUACUUGUGCCAUCAUGUAUGAGACUGGACUGUUUUAAUAAAGUUUCUCUGGUUAAAUUAUCA